AUGGCUCUCAUUCGUCCAGCGCACUCCGCUCCUCUGUCCAUGUACGCCCCUGACUGGUCAGAACGCCCUUGCUUUAUCCUCCGCGGCGCCAUGGUUGCAGGUGUUGGUUUGCCAGUCCGCAGUCCUCCUGCACCUGAUAGUCCCCUCCGUCCCACGCCAGUCCAAUCAUCGUCAUUGACUCUCCUCGGUCACUCCAUUUCAUUCAUCACAGCUGAUUCUAUCAUGAUCUUACGUUUCGCCCCAGCCAAACGGACGACGUUCCAAGAAUUCCCAUCAGGACAGGUGGCCGUUUCGAUUCUGCCUUGA